UCAGUCUAGUUCUCAGUUCUAGAAGUCAACACAAUUCGUUUGCUUAAUAAUUUUUUAAAAUUCAAGUAUAGUUUCUACAUAGAUUUUUGUUAACGAAAACACUACCGACACCGACUCGCAAAAUGUUUCUUCGCGGAGAUCCGAAAAGAGCCGCAGCCCGAGGCGGCAUUCCGCAAGACGUCGCCUCUGUGGCACCUUAUGUGGCAGCCGCCAAGCGCGGUCCCUUCACCAUGACGAACCCCGUCUUCAACAGCAACAAUCCCUACCAGGAGAAAGGCGACGGGCCGUCGGUGGAGAUCCAGCACUCGUUCAACAUCAAUCGCCAGGCGCUGGAGAACAACCACCGGCACCACCAGCGACUGAUACCCGUGGCGAUCGGGAAGACUCCGAUGCCCCAGACCCGAUCGCAUGUGGUGAUGAACGAGCAGCGCGAACUGUACCGGCAGCACCGCGAGCGCCUGACGACCAUCAAGGGCAAGGUGAACACCUGCCUGCCGCCGCCCAAGGUCAAGGUCAGUGGCAACGGCAUGGAGCUACCCUACAUGGAGAUGCUGACGGCCCUCUACAAGCGGAGCAACAACACGCUGCGGACGUUUACCCGCUCGCCGGAGCGACUGGCCGCCGGCCGCUGGCGCCACGUCAGCCUGGCCCGCGACAAGGAGCAGAAGCUGCUGGAGAAGAACAAGCAGUUCCACAAGGGUGGGCAGCUCUUCGAUCCGCAGGCGGGCAGAUCGCGGCGCAACAAGCCGAAAACCUCCCACACCUUCAGCUACGAGAUUCCCAUGCACAUCCUGCACCGCUACGAGAGCCUCAUGGACCAAUGCGAUGUGGGCGAUCUCUGCAAGCUACUGCGCCCCCAGAUCUACCUGGACGUCGAGGUGCGUGGCACCCGCAUCCAGGGCCGGCUGUCCAUUCAACUCUUCACCGAGGCCUGUCCCCAGGUGGUCCUCGAAUUCAUGCGCGCCUGCACCACGGGCAACACGGAAGCUCUCACCGUCACGCGCACUCUCACACCCAUGUGGCUGGAGGCGCGCCUGGCCAUGGGCCCUUCCAGCGUGCGCGACCAGGAUCUCCGGAACAUUGAGCACGACUUCGAUGUGCUCAAUCAUGGCGUCGACGCUGGCAUCCUCUCGUUCCCCAGCCGCUAUGUGCGCGGCCAUCCCCGGUCCGCCGUCAACUUCACCAUCAGCUUCCAGCCGCUGUCGAUUCUGAACGGCAAGCGGAUUGCCUUCGGCAAGGUGCGCAAGGGACUGAAUCUACUGGAGCGCAUUCAGGACGCCACCGGCCACCUGGCCACGGCUCAGGGCCAUAUCUUGAUAACCGACUGUGGAGUGCUCUAAAUCAUUGAUCGUUUGAGUUGAAAAUUAUACGUUGUAUAAACGUUCUUCUUCCCCCAAGUAUGCUAAAUAUAAGUUGCCCCUGAGA